UUUACUCUUUCUGGCGGGAAAAGCUCACGCACUCCUCCCCCAACUCAACUGCCGUUCGUCGUUCGUGGCCGUCGGUUGUGUCCCGAGACUAGGACGUGGCUCCAGGGUGUUCCAGACCCUGGAAGGGCGUCUCUUCAAAGACCUGUGUUUCCAGAACGUUCCAGAAGUGCACGGUGGCAGCGGGCCCACGUGGCUUAGGGAGAGCAGGUGCUGGGGAGCUGGGUGAGGACAGGAGUGCGCAGGGCAGCUGGUCCUUUUCCGUCCCUCCCCGUGAAGGAGGGAGGCUGGUAGCUUUGCCAGCAGCUGCGCAGCAGCAGGGGUGGCCCAUGGACCUGCCCGAGGGCCCGGUGGGUGGUCCCACUGCGGAAACCCCAGGCCUCAGGAAGCUUUCCCGAUAGGAGGGUCAGAGGCAGACACCAGGGUGUGGGAACCAGAGGACAGGCCAUCUAAACUUCACCUGCACCAGCAGAGGGCGUGCAGCCACCGGGAUCUGGGUGGCAAGGGCUGAGCCAGCUUCCAGAGUCUCCGGAAGGAAAGGAAAGAGGUAACACCAACCCCAUUUUCCAGAGGAAGAAACCGAGGCCCAAGAGAAGUUGAGUCCAUUGCCCCAAGUGCCGCCACUUGUCUGAGGCCAAGCCUUAGUUACCCCUUGGAUCUACCCAGUCCUGCAGCCUGUGCUCAGUGAGCUGCUGCACCCAGCUGUUCAAGGCCAGGGCAGGGAGCCUAGAAGGUCACUUCCAGCCCUGGGAGGGAGGCUGGGCCAGUCCCAGUGGCUUCUGCAGUUGAGGAUCUCUUCCUAUGUCAUGGAGCAUUUGUUGAGCACCCACUAUGUGCAGGUGUUGUGGCUACAACAGUAGACAAAUAAACCCCAGGACGUGUGUGUGUGUAUGUGUGUACACAUGUGUGCUUCACAUACACAGAGCUAACUCAGCCCUGGUGAGGAGGAUCACUCUACCCACCCACCCCCCAUUUUACCAGUAGGGAAACUGAGGUUCUGAGAGAACAGACUUGCCCACAGAUGUGCAGCUGGACUCUGCACCCAGGUCUAUGUGACACACGCAUAUGGUUUGAUCCAGCUCAUAGCCAUUCCCUCACUGCCCACCCUGCCUGGUUUACCCCAUCCCUUCAUGUCUCAGCCCCCGGCCAUGGGCUCCAAUGAUGCCAGCCUCGCCUUAGGGAUGCAGGGAGGAGAGAGACCUGGUCCCCAGGGUGGGCUGGGAGACCGGAGAUGCAGCAGGCGGGAUCGAUCUGGGCUGCCCACGCAUUAUUGGAUUGUUCCUGGCUCCUGGGCCCCCCUUCACUCUCAGCUCCUCCCAGAAUCCUCUCUUCUUUGCCCUCCCCCGCCCUGUCCUUUUCUGAGUCCAGCCUGGGAGGCUGGAGAGGAGAGGAGGAAAGGGUGAUCUCAGAGUGUCCUUCUCUGGGCUCCUAAGCCAAUUGGACACAAAAAGACAGCCGGGGGGACUUCCUGGUCUGAAAGAUGGGGGGAAGAAACUCAGAGACCCUUACGUUGUUGCCCCCUCCUGAAGCUUCCUGCUGUUCCCCGCUGGCCCUAACUCUAGUGUACCUCUGGGAGCAGCCUGAGGAGACAAGGCUGGGGAUGCCGGUCAGCUUGGAGGAGCAAAUACUCAACUCCACAUUCGAAGCUUGUGACCCUCAGAGGACAGGCACUGUGGCUGUGACCCAGGUGCUGGCCUACCUGGAGGCGGUGACAGGCCAGGGCCCCCAGGAUGCACGCCUCCAAACAUUGGCCAACAGCCUGGACCCCAAUGGGGAGGGCCCUAACGCCACUGUGGACUUGGACACUUUCCUGGUUGUCAUGCGUGAUUGGAUUGCUGCCUGUCAACUACACGGGGGAUUAGAGCUGGAAGAGGAGACCGCCUUCGAGGGAGCCCUGACCUCCCAGCAACUGCCAUCUGGAUGCCCAGAAGCUGAGGAGCCAGCCAACUUGGAGAGCUUCAGCGACGAAGACCCCAGACCUGAGCUGCAAGCCACAGCUGACCUGCUGAGCAGCCUGGAGGACCUGGAGCUCAGCAACCAACGUCUGGCUGGGGAGAAUGCCAAACUCCAGCGGAGCGUGGAGACAGCUGAGGAGGGGUCGGCACGCCUUGGGGAGGAGAUCUUGGCUCUGCGCAAGCAGCUUCGCAGUACCCAGCAGGCUCUGCAGUUUGCCAAGGCCGUGGAUGAGGAGCUGGAGGACCUAAAGACUCUGGCCAGGAGCCUGGAGGAACAGAAUCGCAGCCUUCUGGCCCAAGCCCGGCAGGCGGAAAAGGAGCAGCAGCAUCUGGUGGCUGAGAUGGAGACUCUGCAGGAGGAGAAUGGGAAACUGCUGGCCGAGCGGGAUGGAGUGAAGAAGAGAAGUCAGGAACUGGCCAUGGAGAAGGACACUUUGAAGCGGCAGCUCUUUGAGUGUGAACACCUCAUUUGCCAACGAGACACCAUCCUCUCUGAGCGCACUCGCCAUGUGGAGAGCCUGGCCCAGACCUUGCAAGAAUACAGAGUGACGACGCAGGAACUGAGGCUGGAGAUUUCACGCCUGGAGGAGCAGCUGAGUCAGACCUAUGAGGGGCCCGAUGAGCUACCUGAAGGGGCCCAGCUGAGAAGAGUGGGCUGGACCCGGCUGCUGCCCCCAUCGCUGGGCUUGGAGAUCGAGGCCAUUCGACAGAAACAGGAAGUGGCAAUUGCUGGUCUCUCCAACCCUCUGUGUGGGGUGUGGCAAUGGGAGGAAGUCAUCCAUGAUACCAGUGAGGAUGCUGAGUUUCCGUCUGAAGCCCCAGCUGGGGGACAGAGAAACUUCCAGGGACAGCCAGCGCACCAUGGAGAAGGAAGGAAGGAGCCAUCCAUGUGGUUGACCGGAAGAGAGGAAGAGGAGGAUGCAGAGAGCCAGGUCACGGCUGAUCUCCCUAUGCCUCUAGGAGACCCUCGCCCUGGAGACAUCCCAGAAAGCCCUCCAGAGAGCAGGCCUGCGCAGCAGGAACUCCAGCAAGCCUUGGUGCCUGUGAUGAAAGAGCUGGUCCCAGUGAGGAGGAGGCCCUGGGGCCAGCUCUGCCUGCCCCCACAGCGGCUCAGGGUCACUCGACAUCCACUGAUCCCAGCUCCGGUCCUGGGCCUGCUGCUGCUGCUGCUGCUCUCUGUCCUGCUGCUGGGCCCGUCCCCACCUCCCACCUGGCCCCACCUCCAGCUCUGCUACCUCCAGCCCCCUCCAGUGUGAGAGGCUCCACUUGCCCCUCAGAGCAGCGUCUAGCUCAGUAAAUCCCCCGGCCCUCUCUCCACUCAGAUCCCCAUUGUUAGUCCAGUGUUGCACCAGAUACAGUACAGGGGAUCCACAUCCCUGUGUUGGGUUUUUAUGUGAAGUCUGCUAGUUUUUUAAUGUUGACAUUUCUUAACAAUAGCAAAACUCCCCAGUAAUGGAUUAAGCACUAAGGAUUAUUCCUUCACAAAACAAGCCUGGCAAGGGCAGCUGUGGGCACACAGCUAAGUCUCGUUGCCUCAGGGUCGGGGCCUCAGUGAUUCUCCUGUCCCCUCCCUCAUGCUCAGGAGUUGGCGAUUGUAGCUUCCUACAUCACAUCUGCAGGAGACGGAAACUUUUCCCUUCCUUUUUAUAAAGAGAGGCAGUAGCCUCCGUGUGCAGUGGGUACAUAAUAAAAGAGAAGCAAUUGCCUGCCCAGAGCCAC